AUGGGACGUAUCGAUUGGGAUCGAAUACUGUCCGCGGAUCCAUCGUCGUUGACUGACGAUGACAUGGAAGAUCUCUAUCCCGCAAUGAUCAGUUGCGACGUCGACGAGAUUAGUGAUGUACAUAACCUACGUACUCUGAUGAAACUGUCCCAAGAAAUACUGCAAUACAAAGACAAUCAAGUAGAAUCACUGCUCCUAGAGUGUGGUGAAUUAAAACAAACCAUUACUUCUUUAAAACCUGAACCUGCUAAGCGUAAAAGAAAAGAGUGGGAUACACCCGGUUCUAAGCACGAUAUCACUGAUUUAUCCAAACACGUAGACAUGUCUGAGGGUCCUGAUUACGACGACGCGUUGCAAGGGAAGAAUAAAAAGAUCAAAAUUCUAAUGUCAGAAUUAGAGGCUUUAGAGAAGGACAAUUUAAUUCUAAAAGAACGACUAUCAACAUUAACCGAAGAAAUGGAAGAUGCAACACAAACAAUGAACGAAAUGACCGAAGAGUUAGGUUCAACUAGAGUUAAAUCCGUAGAAUACAAAGAGAAAAUAUCCGACUUAGAACGUGAAAAUUCCGCGUUAGUUUCUCAAGUUGAGGAAGUAUCAGCUCAGCAGGCGAAUAGGGAUAAAAUGAUCGACGAAUUUAGCACUGCAAUUGAUACUCGAAUUAACGAAUGGAAGACAAUAUUAGACGAGAGAGACGCCGAAAUUGUGCAGCUGAGGGAAACUUUGUCCCAUUCAGUUGUACAAUCCGCGGCCUCGGCCAAAGAGCAGAGCAAAUCUGAAAUUAUUCACUUAAACGAGGAAAUUGAUCGUCGUGACAAAGUCAUAGCCGAGUUGAAAACGAAAUUAUCCGAAGCCACAGACGAGAUCAACGAAAGCGCCACUCUUAUAGAGAAAUUAAAACGAGGCAUGCAAAAGAUGGGAAAAGUCGACAAAAAGAAAGAGUACAAAGGUUUGUUAAAAAAGUUGCAAGACGCGGACGAGCAGAUAUCUAAGCUGCAAAUGAAAUUGAACGAAGCAGAGGAGGAUGCUGAAUUGAGAAGCGGCAAACUGUGCGAAGUGUUAGGAACGUUGAGAAUAUACGAGGACGAGAACGAAGGUUUGAGGGACGCGUUGAACGAGAUAAAGGAGCUAAAGAGCAUUUUAACGGAUAAGAACGAGCACAUAACAGAGCUGAUUAACGUAGUGAACAAAUUAGAAAUGUUGAACUCGUAUCAGGAAAUGGAAAUCACAACUCUUAGAGAAAAAUUGGGCAUACCAGAGGACGAAUCCGUGUCGAUUCAGAACGCUCUGGCGAAACGCAAAGGGCUGGAGAGAAAUUUGGAGGAACUUUUGCGGCAGAACAAGAUGCUCGUCGAGGAGAAUUUAGAAUUAAAAUCAGACGUAAGGGUGUUGAAGUACAAGAUAAGCAAAACGCCGAAGGAAUUCGAUUUUUCGGAUACCGUCACCGACGGCACAACCGAAUUUUUUCAUUCUACGAAAUUAACGGAGCCUACGUCUAAAUUACCGUCGAAAAUGAAUAUUUCCGAGCUGCAGGAGAAUGUUCAGUUGGUCGUCGAUGAGAACGAAGCACUUAGGACAGGGAUGCACGAAAUUUUGGACAGUAUACGUAACCAAGAUGGUACAAGUACCGUGGAAAUACAGUCUCACACGUUAGAGAGGUUGUUAGAGGCGUUAGAUGUGAGACAUUUAGCGGGAUGGUAUCACCCUGCAAUGAGAUUGCAGGAGCAUUUGAACGUUUUGCAGGGCAGUAAUGCCGAAUUGAGGGGUCAACUGAAACAGUUGAGAAAACAAUUGCAAAGAAAGGAUAACAUACUACACGCGCUAGCUCUGAACAAGCACGGCGAUCUCGAAAAAAUAUACAUCGACGACUCCGACAGCGAGAAAGUAACGAUGUGCCUCUCAGAACUGAAACAUGUGCAAGAGGCGUAUAAGAACGAGGCAGAGGAAUGGGAGAAGCAAAAGGCUUCCCUAACAGACCUCAACGACGAACUGAAAAACGAGGUCGAAAAAUUGAAACACCAGCUCGAAGUUUUCGAGGAAAGUGCGAAAAUAUUGGAAGAAGGCGAAGACGAGAUUCGAAGAGCUUUCGUUAUGAAAACCAAAGAAUACGUGGAAGCUUCCAGCGAUGCUUUGGUCGCGAAUAGAAAGAACGUAGCGCUUCAACAAUUGCUGAACAAAGAAACCACGAAAGCGUAUCGCGAUCAGAAAGAAGCUGUAAAGAACGAAAGCUACUUAAGAAAUUCUCUAGCUGACUCCAGCAAGCACAACAAAGUCCUCGAACGUGAAAUCUCAACGGUGCAGAGUAAUCUACUCAACUCUGUCAGCUACACCGUUUACAGCGAGUUGAAAGAGAAACACGAAGAGUUGAGCAUACGUUUUCGUAAUUUGUUGGAGAAUGAUCUGAUACUCGGAACUAACAACGAGGUAGAGAGCCUGAGAAACGAGCUAGAAUCGACGAAACGCGAGAAAGAUGAGCUUCUGGAACAUUCACGAAAAGGAGUUGCUCGCAAAGGCGACGAAGAUUUGAUGGAACAAUUGAAGGAAGCUCAAACGAGGGAGCUAUUGGAGAAGCAACGAGCUGAUCAUGUGACAAGUUUGCACGAGAUUUUGCAGGCUCAGUUGACGAAAUGCGAGGAGAAUAUGAAAGAAGUGGUUGCCGCAAAGUCUGAGUUGCAAGAAGAAUUGAUUGUUUUGCAUAGAAGAUUGUCGAAGGAUGCGCGAUUCGAGAAGACCGAGCAGUUGGACGGUAACAAGGUGCAGGAAUUGAAGGACAACAACGCUACGCUUCAGAUAGAGAUUGAGAAGUUGAAGAAGCAGCUGCAGAUUACUCGAGAGGAAGCUGAACAGCAGUAUUCGCUGAAUUCGUUGAAAACAUUGGAAUUGGACAGUCUUAGGCAUCAAAUAUUGAACUUGCAGGCGGUUAGCGAAGACAAAGCUACGAUCUCGAGACUGGACUUCGAGUUGUCUAGUAAAAAUUUGUUAGAGAUGGAAUUGAGCACGCGGAAAGUUAGGCUGGAGAACGAGGUCUCGUGCCUGCAAGAGGAGCUCGACAAAUCGAGAACGACCUGCGAGGGAUUGCGCGUUUACGUGCAGGAUUGUCGGAAACAGUGCGAAAAUCGCUGCAGAAUGUACGUAGAUAUAAUAGGAUUCCUGCAAAGUCAGUAUGCAGGCUCUACUUCCAUUAGUGCUUUAGAUAGAGUAGCAUCACUGUCGAUGAAAUUAAAAGAGGAGCGUCAGAACAUCGAUUCCGAAAAUCUUAUGCAGCAACAGGAAAUGCUAACUAAUCGUCUACAAAUUGUCGAAAGCUUGAAAGAUAUACUAGAACAACAGAUUGGAAGCAAUAGUGUGCAGGAUAUCAUGCAACGCUUUUCAGAAUACUCUCAAUACACUUUAAAUGACUUUAAGUACAAGCGAAAGAUAACUCAACUGGAGAACGAGCUACAAAUCGCCAACAACAAAUUCCUAGAAUACGAAUCUCUCGUGACUCAAAUGGAGCAAGAUAUGAUAGAGAUUCAAAAAACAUGGAACAGAGGACCAGAUCAGCAAUCCAAAAUUGUCACUAGAAACACUUCAACCAGUCCUCUGUUACUUGAAAACAAGCACACGUCAGCUCAAGCAACUGUAGAGACAAAUCCAAGAGAAAUACAAACAGAUCCUUACACUUGUUGCUUGGAUAAAAAGGAAACGAGUGAAAUAGAGAUUCAAACAAUGACUCCGACCAGAGAGAGCGACGAGGAAGAUCAGAAGUUGGAAGAAAAAAUGAGAGAAGAAGACAAAGAAAAACACUCUGAAAAGGAAUCGGAGAAAGAAAAGGACAACGACGAAGAAGAAGCUUCUUUGCUUCGAGAGCAAUUGAACCAGGCUCUGAAACUCGCCUCUGAACGAUCUUCCACGUUGCUUAAAUACGAGUUACAAAUAUCAGAGUGCCAAGCAAAGGUAGAGACCCUGAAGAAAACCAUAGAAACGAAAGAUUUGCAGUUAACUAAAAAGGAUCUGCAAUUAACUCAAAAAGAUAAACUGCUCGAAGAGCGCAAGCCUUCGCCUGAACUGCAAUUUCCCAGCAACGAGUGCAGCGACAAGCUAGCUUUGAAAUCGACGAUCAACAGCUUGCAGAAAUUGCUUGGCCAAAAAGAAGAAACCAUAACUAGAUACCAAAAUCUACUAAAAGAGGACAGAGACGAACACAGCAAAGCUGCAGCUCGUUUGCAGGAAGAGAUCAAGAAUUUGCAUAGUCGUCUUCAAUCCAUGCAGAACGAAGCUGAAGAAAUUCAGCGGAGAGAAGAUUCCAAGAAAGCUGAACCAGAGAAGUUAAUCGUGAAACUGCAGGAGUCUGAGUCCAUAAAUACAAUCGUGAAGAAUAACGCUAUGCAGGUGGAAGAAGUUGCUAGAUUGCAGGAAAAGAACUCUAUUCUGGAGGCUGAUUUGAAUAUUACCAAGGAAUUGAGCGAUCGUUGGCAUCGUUUGGCCGAGGAGAGACUGAAAUACAUGGAUCGUAUGAGGGAGAGAUUAGAGGAGCAACACAAGAGUGAGCUGGAAAGUUAUCGCGGAGAAGUCUCGAAAUGGCAAACCGAGGCUGAAAUGUUGCGAAAACAAUUAUCCGAGAAUCGUAUGUUGGUCACUAAAGGGAACAUUUCCUUGAUGAAGGAGAUGCAGGAAAGGGACGAUAAAAUUCAUCAGCUUAGUUUAGCUUGUCAACAGUUGCAGAACGAGGUCGAGUUAAUGGAAUCUGCAGCAACAAAUCGAACUCGAAUGCAACACGCGAUAACUCACGGCGAGUCAGAGUUGAGGAUUCACGAGAUUACGCAGAAUCUGAAUCGCGAUCAAUCGCAGCAACACACGGACUCUGUGAGAAAACAGUUGCAGGCGUUGCUGGAAAAGGAGAAAAUGUACAAAAACGAGAUCACUGAUUUGAAGCAUCAACUUAGUCGCAGAUACAUGGCCGUGAAGACGCAAGAAAAGAAAGCUUCGCAGCGCGAGACCCAGCUCGAGCGCAAAGUAAAAUCUCUGGAAGAAGAGUUGGAAAAAGCUCGAGCUCAAUUAGAUCGCGAGUAUCUAGCUCAGGAGGCAAAAAAGGCCAAGACCGCAGAAGAACUUUCGUUGUGGGAGAAGCAGAAGAAGUGGCAACAAACGGCGGAAAAAUUGAAGGAGAAGCUGAAAGAGAAGACGGAGGAACACGUGAAAUUGCAGUCGAGUUACGACAAACUCAGAUCCGUGGUUUCGUGCAUGGAGAGAGAGAAAUGGUACUUGAAGAGCAAGCUGAAGUUGGAGAACAACGCGAUAGCUGGAGGCUUGUCAGCCAGGCCAAUGACGAACGCUCAACGAAACGUGAUGGAGGAGCUUCAGAAGGAGUGUCAGAUUUUACGCGAACGUAUCAAAGAGCUGUCUGAUAGAUUGGAGAACGAGGACAAGGAGAAACUUUUGCUGAAAAUCGACGAGCAAAAGAGACGUAUCGCUGCUUUAGAGAUCGUUUCUCAGGGUAACAGUUACGUUGUUACUCAAUUAGAGAAGCUAGAAAUGACGAAAGAUAUCAUGGAGAAAAUGAACUUAGCGCUGGAAGCCGAGAACUUCGAGCUCCGCCUCGAAUUGGAAAAGGCGAACGCGGAUACGCCAAGAUUGAGGGAGAAGGUUGAACAUUUAGAAAAAUACAUAGAAUUACUGAAAAUAGAAAAAUCGUCUGACUCGACCCCGAGAUCGUCGGACAAAGAUUUGCAGGAUAACGGUUCGAAGAAGUCGGUCUUAGAAAUGGAGAAGACAAUUUUCACGUUGAAAAGAAUCAUCGAGAGGCUACAAGUGGAGAACAAACGCCUGAAACUUGGCACGAAAAAGAACAAUUUUAUCCAUCAGGGUAAAUUAUCAGGUAAUCAAAGUGAGAGUAUAUUGCAAAAGCAUUACGAGGAAGCUCAGAUACGCGUUGUGGCGUUGGAGACCGAUUUACAAUUAGCCGAGCAAAGAGUAAACGCGUUAGAAAAGGUUCAGAAGGAGGAUGACAACGGCGAGAUGAAGGUUUUGAGGGAGCAAUUGAUCCAGAAAUCCGAUCUUCUAGACAAAGUGAAACAUUUAUUAUCGAGAGCAGCCGUGAACGAGAAAACUCUUCGGCAACGUGUACAGCAACUAGAAUCGAGGCAGACAUUGUCUACGAUACCAGAGUGCCACGUAACGCCUCCCACUCCGGAAUAA